GGAGCGGAGCGGAGCGGAGCGGGCCGCGGGAGCGCUGGCCGGGGCCGGACCGCAGAGUCAGCUGGAGAUGGUGGACCACCUUGCAAACACCGAGAUCAACAGCCAGCGCAUAGCUGCUGUGGAAAACUGCUUUGGGGCUUCUGGACAGCCCUUAGCCUUGCCGGGCAGGGUCCUUCUGGGAGAAGGGAUUUUAACCAAAGAAUGCCGCAAGAAACCAAAGCCUCGCAUAUUUUUCCUUUUCAACGACAUCCUCGUCUACGGCAGCAUAAUCAUCAACAAAAGGAAGUACAAUUCCCAGCACAUCAUCCCCCUGGAAGAUGUCACUUUGGAGACGCUGCCAGACACCUUGCAGAUGAAGAACCGCUGGAUGAUUAAAACCUCCAAGAAGUCCUUCGUGGUUUCGGCAGCCUCCCUCACGGAGAGGAAGGAGUGGAUCAGCCAUCUGGAGGAGUGCAUCAAGCACCUGCUGACGAAGACGGGCCGGCAGCCCUGCAGGGAGCACGCGGCUCCCUGGAUCCCGGACAAGGCGACGGACAUCUGCAUGCGCUGCACGCAGACCAAGUUCUCCACGCUCACCCGCAGGCACCACUGCCGCAAGUGCGGCUUCGUCGUGUGCGCCGACUGCUCCAGGCAGAGGUUCCUGAUGCCCCGGCUGUCCCCCAAGCCCCUGAGGGUCUGCAACCUGUGCUACAGGCAGCUGCUGGCAGAGAAGAAGAAGGAGGCAGAGGCGGACCGGAGGCAGGCGGAGCCGCUCCACGCUGCCGUCCAGGGCUACGAACCCUCCAGCGGCGACGACAGCGACAAGUCUGACGACGAGAAAGCUGAGCAGUGGCCAGCCGACACCGAGUUUUAUACCUCAGAAGUAUCCUGGUCAUCUUUCCAUAGCUGACCUCCCUGGCAGCUGGUGGCGUGUAGACACCGGGAAGCCAACCUCUGGCCUCCAACGUGUGUCCUUCUCCAUGUUUUCUCUGAAGGCCGUGCCUGGGAAGGUGAAUCUUGGCCCCUGUGUGUGGUGGCAGAGCACAGAUGAGGGUACCCCUUCUGAGAAUGUCUCAUACAAUAAUCACAGAGAGAACAGCUCAGUGAAGAGCACUGAGGACUGGGGCAGCACCCCAUGGAUCAAUUUUGGCCAGAUGAGCUGACCUUCAGUGCCUUAUUCUCUCUGCUAAAACACCGCAAUGCAAACAUCUUACUUGAAAUGUUUUGAGAUUGGCUCUUGUGAGAAAAGGAGCAAGAAAUCCUGGAGCUGAGCACAUUUGCCUGCUCACAGUAUGUUCCUCUCACAGCAGGGGCUGCUCUGGAUGCUGCUUUCCAUGAGCAUUCUGAGAUUCUCACUGCAAGCGUGCCAGCCUGAGGGAAUAGCUGCCCACCCCUGCACUGUAAGGCCAGCUCCGGCUUCCCUGUCUUCACCUGCAUCUUUCCAGGUUGGAAACACUUAAGAGAAUGGUACUUUGAGUGCAGGGAGCUUGUGUGAGGCUCAGUGUGAGCAGCCCUAGCAGAGCACUGGAGCAUCCAGCUCUCCCACAUGGAAAGAGGCCAUGCCAGUGGUACUGGGCCAGGAGGAGCAAGGAGAGGGGAAAGGGACAGGGAAAAUGACGCUGAGCUGUGAAAUAUGGAGGGAGAGAGGUACUGCAGCUCACUCAACUAAGUGCAGAGCCCAGAUCUCAAACACAGACAGUUAUACCCAAUUAACAGAAACUUGAAAAACUCAAGCCUAUCAGGGGAAAGGACAGCCCAGGGAAGACUUGUUAAAAGUCUUUAUAAAUCCAGGAAAAAGCCCCAAAUUAAGAAUCCUGUGAAGUACAGCACUUCAACUUCCCCUUCCCUCCUGGGCUGCUGCCCAAGGCGUUGGAUUCUCACUUGUGGGCUCACCUCCUGCCUUACCAGUCUCACGAGUCCAAAGUUAAGAUCCUUUAUGUACUUCAAGGAUGGGAGCCAAAGACUUUCCAGUUUACUUGAGAUCAACUUUAAAGUUCAAAUUCAGUUAGAAAAUACUGUGUUUAUUCAAGUAUUCAAUCAUAAUGUAGCGUGGGAGUAAAUAUAGAGGGAAUCAGACAACAGCAAUUGUUUUGCAGCAGACAUUUCUACAAACUCCGUUAUUACUUUUAGUAUAUUUUUGUAUUGUGUAUUUUGUGGUCUGGAAAAGCAACAUGGCUGGGAAUACAGUGCCAAUAUUCUAAAAUGUUUCCUUUCCAUGACCUGUUACAAGCAGUGCAUUGCUUGACAGAUGGCCAUGGGUUUUUUUAAAAUUUCAGUUCAAGAUAAUUAUUCUUACUGUCUUUUAUAAACUGCUACUGUUCCAGUGAAUUUGUAUCACUUGACUGUGUGUGAAUAAAGAUAUGGCCUACAGGAAGGUGCCAGGAAAACAGGACAAUAAAGUGUGUUACUACUGAACAAGAGUCUUAACAAGAGCUGGGAUUCAGGCCUGGCCAGCCCAGCACAAGCUGUGACUCCUCAGCUGUGGGGAGACUGCUCUGGUUUCUAUUGACUGCUUGAAGGUAAGGGCAUCAAAUCUGAUGCUGCCUUUCUAUUUAUACCAUGUUGUUGUCUGACAGACUUUUCCCAACUCUUCUGCAAUCCCCUGCAGUAGUCUGUAUUAAUUGGAACGGUAUUUUUCCGGUGGGGACACGGCUCAGAGUGGGCCAGCAAACUUUAUGACCUAAGCAGAUGUUUUUGGACUUUAAAGCAAUAAGUACACAGAGUUCUUUUUUUUCCAUCUCUCUCCAGGCUUAGUUCCUAAUUCUGCACAGCAGUGAUUGUUUUUUCAAUGCCUCCCACCCACCAGAAGGGUGUACAUGCUUUGCAAACAGAAAAUGACCUUAAAAAUAAACAGCCAUUAGAGUGGUUCACGAGCCAAAAAUAGCUCAGCUGCUGAAUCUGCAUCCAAUCAGAAAUGUAUUGCAGUUUUGAACUUAAUCCUUAGUUCUGGUAGAGAUCAGCUUACUUCAUGUGUUCGAAGGUCUUACUAUUGCCAGCCCCAAAAGACCUAUGAACUGCUUUUAUGCUCUAAUGAGGGACAGGCACGCCUCUAAAGAAUGCCUUCUUGGUGAGCAAGAGCUUUUCUUAAUCACAGCAGGGAAAUAAAAAAAGGCAGAAAAAACCAAAUAAACCACCAAAACCCAAGCCAACCCCGUUUUUUGGUGCAUGUUGCUGACAGCUUUUGGGGAAAUGCAUACACCUUCCACCAUCUGGAAGCCCCAAGGAACCAAGCAAUUCUUAAAUUUUUAAUGUCUGUGGUAAAAGGAUCCUGCCCAGAAAAACAUGGGGAAAUUUAAACAAAGCCUCUCCCCCACUUCCUGAAAUUCUGUUGCGGAGCUCGGCACUGGGAUUUAGAGCCUGGGGCUCCUGGCUUCUGGCCUGAUGAACACAUGGGUUUUAAAUCACAGGCUGUGUGCUGUUACAGUCCAGCCUGGAGUUUUCCAGCCUGAUUCUCUCCCCAGUGCAUUAAUAGGGCAUUUCCUGAUGGUUUGUGAUCUUUCUAUUUUAGCUAAAGAAAGGCCUUACAGAGAUUCAUUCCAGUCUGCAGCCGCACGUGGCCAGGAAGAGCAGCAGCUCCAGUGCUCACCUUGGGAAACACCUGCAGCUGGAGGCUUUGUGGGGUCACAGCCUCCUCCUGAAGGGCUCCCAGACAUGAAGGAUGGGGAUCAUUGGCCAGAGGAGGCUCAAGCCCUGCCUGAAGGUGUCACAGCCCAAAGGGCACAGCGGGGUGAAGGUGUCCCCACUGCACACCACCCUCCUCUCUCCAGAGGUGGUUAGAAGGGGAGGAAGAGGAUGGCACUGGUGCAGCAGCCAGUCAUGAAAGCUUAAGAGAAGCUAAUGGGGAGAUUUGCUCUGCAAAUAAACUGAGAGGAUCAGAAAGGUUGAAGGAGAGCUGUAUGUUCUGCUGUCCCAAGGCACAGCUCAGGCACACAGCAGCAGCUCCCAGCACGGUGCUGACUCAGCAUUCACAGGCACUCAGGAGGGAGAAGUGAGCCAGCUGCUCCGACCAGGUCUUGUUCCCAGUUACUCAAACAGUUUCUAUCCAAGCUGGAUUAAUGGCUCUGCCACAGCUCCCAGCCUCUUCCAACUCACUCCUGCUGCAAGGCAGUUUCUCGUGUUCCUCACUCAGGCUGGAUUUUUGAUUAGGAGGAGGAACUGAGGACUACACAUGGUCCCAGCUGCUCCUGAGCUGUAAAGUGUCUCCAAUGAAAAGUACAGGCUUCUGUUUCUUACUCCUUCUGCUUCAGGCCAUGGACCUUUAAGAAUGGUGCUGGCAGGAAGGAGCUGUUACACUGCUGUCCCAUCCAUCCAUGGUGGACACCAAACAGCUGCAGAAAACCCUUUCCCAAAACCUGCAUGCUGGAGAUGGUGUCCAGGGCACCUGAAGAGGAGCACAGGCUGCACACCAGGGUGUCAACACUGCAGGGGCAAUACUCAGCCAGGUCUGCCUGAUGGGACAUGUCACAGGCAGGAACAGCCCCAGUGCCAUGCAGGUGUAUGGGAGAGAGCCUCUCCUGCCUGUGACCUUGUUCCUAAAACCUCCAAACGCAGGCAGUGCUGUGGUCCUGUGCCACAGGUGGAGGAGAGGAGGCAGGAAGUGGUGUGGAGGACUGGUGAACC